CACUGGGAAGGUUCUUGACACCUUCUGCCCAUGUAAGAUAUGGAGAAGCAGGAGGCACCAGCCCCUUCCCCUCCAUGGCAUCCCCAGAUGUCCCCAUCCCGGGCACCCCUUGUCCUGGUGGGAGGGUCUGUGUGUCCUCCGCUCCUUGGGGCGGGAGGGAGCUGGGUGUCCCUGCCGGCUCGCUAUCAGCUGCUGUAACCAGGGGAAAGGGGAAGGCCAGGCCUCGGCACGCAGUGAUAACCUGGGGGAUGCGGCGAGGCGCAAGCCCACAGCCUGGCACAGCCUGCUGCCACGCUGCUUGCCAUGGAGGGACUGCGCUAUGUCAUCCUCCUCCUCCUCUGCCUGCUCCCACCACCAGGCACCCUGGCCCUGUCGCUGGAGGAACCCCGGGAGCUGCCGUCGCUGCCUCCACCCAGCACCGCCGACCCCACCGCCCACCUGCUCCGCGGCCGCCCCUCUGCCCCGGUGCGGCCCUACAGCCUCUCUCUCUCCCCUGAGGAUUACCACUACUCCCCCAAGCCCCGGCACCUGCGGCCUGGGCGGCUGCGCCGGCUGCUGGGCUCAGCCUUCGACCCCUUCUGGAUGGCGACCGAGGAGCCGCGAGGCCGCAACAGCAGCAUCCCCGGGGAGAACCUGGAGUCCCUUCACCGGGACCUGGCGGAAGGUGCCGGGCGCUACCGCCGCAAAUUAUGGAGGGAAGUGGAGGGGAUGGAGCUGCCUACCCUGCUGCCCCCCAUCCCCGGGCUGCCCCCCGAGCUGCCAGAGGUUCUGGCCCGCCGCCUGAGGCAGUGGCUGGUGGAGCGGGCUGCCUGCCGCCUCACCUCCACCUGGGUUGACCUGGGAGCUGUCUUCUGGCCCCGAUGGAUCCGACACACUGCCUGUGAGACUGGGCCCCCCGGUUGCUCCUGGCCCCCUGGCAUGGCCUGCCGCCCGGCGCAGGUCACCCACAUCAAGCUGCUGGCGUGGCACUGCUGGGCACCCCCGGUCCCCGGACCCCCACACUGUGCCUGGCGGCAGAUCCCAUACCCCGUUGUGGCCGCCUGCAAGUGCUCCUGCCGCUGAAGGGGCCGUGGGGGGCUGCCAAGGGACACCCCAGUUCUAAUGGCUCUAAGAGGAGAGAGGCCACCUGGACUCACCCCCGGGGCUGGAGAGCCAGGGAGGUAAAUGCCCCAAAUGGAGAA